GCAGCCUUAGCCAGAGCGCACACGGCAGGUCUGGGGCCGCAUCGGGGGAGGUCGAAGCUGUCACGAAAGCCGCCGCGAUCCUGGACGCGUAGGAGCAGGGUGAUGCUCCGUUUAGCUGGUCGCACUACCAAAGGCUCUCCCACCCAUUAA